AUGUCUACUGCAGAACCUACCCAAAAGACCCGGAAAGUGAAAACUAAUAAAUUCGUUUUGAUUCUAGAACAGUUCUUAGAAAGAUAUAACUUAUCCGCAGAGUCCAGCCCAGAGCAAUUAAGCGAACAUGCCCCUGAACUUAAUGCUUUACUUCCAGAUUGGAAGGCCCGUAAAUGCGUUAAGGAAGCCCUUGCGAGAGGCACUGAAAAGAGAAGUGCAUUUAGCAAAGAGCAGAUAGGGGCUCUCGUGCCAGAUCAGAGAAAUAAGAUAUAUUCUGUCAGGAAAAGGGCCCAAAAAGUCGCUAAAAGUGAAGAUAAGUGGGAUAUUUUCAUUAAUACUUUAUCUUUGGAACCAAAAGAAAAUAAGGAUGGAGUAAUUGAUGAUAAGGAAAUGGUUGCUUCUAGCUCAAACCAAUCACGAUUUCGUAAGUAUUUAGCAGAGUACGGGGCUGAUCGUAAACUUAUUGAUUGCUAUUCCAAAGAUUCGAAGACCACUACAGCUUCCAAUAAAAUCCAGCAAGAGCGGACUGAGAAGCGCUUAGCUAAUCCAAGUAGAACUCCAGAACAUUUCACCUUUGAGAAAGUACAUAGGAGACUCCAGAAUAUCGAUACUUCUAAAAUUCCCUCUAUGCAGGAUCUCGCGAAUGUGAUAGUGAUGCUGAGCAUGAGGCCUGCUGAAGUAUCAUCUCUCCAGAUUAUUAAUUACAAACCAGAUUCUGAAGAUCUGCCAGCGUGGUAUAAAGCUGGUUAUUUUUGGUAUUGCACUGGAUGUCGCAAACAGAGAGAUAAACCGAUGCCUAUGCGCUUACUCUCUAUGGAAAAGGAUCCAGAACGUGCUAGGGAAUUACUUACCUGGAUUCAAGACGCUAUUAAGGCUGGGAAGUUGCAUGAUCCAGUUUAUACUGAAACUGGAAAGCGUAAUAAUGUGCCAUUUGCCAAAUUAAUAAAGAGUUUAAAAACUAAACAAGACGAAGAUGAGAUUACCACCAAGCUUCUAAGAAAAAUAAGAGCUAAACACGCCUCGAUGGUUCAUGCCAGUCCAAAUAAAACCACUCAACAUCUCAACAAUCUUUCAGAAAUCGCAUUAAGACAUAAAAUUAACCAUCUUGAUGCAGGAAAAAAUUACGCUUUAGGUGAUCCAAAAUCGAAGAAGGAGCCCAAAUCUGAACCAGAGACAGGUGAUGGUCCAAAACCCCAAAAACAGGCUUCUUCACCUGCAUCUCAGUCUAGAAAUAACGAUCCAAAAAAGUCUCAAACAAUGGAUAUGGAUUCAAUGUUAGCAGAAAUUGAUGCAAUGUUAGCUGAAAUUUGGAAAUAG